GGUACCAAGCGGAAGGAGGAGAUGGUGGAGCAUUUAUCAGAGGAGCCCCAAGUUGGUGCUGACUCCGCCUCCAGGCACCCUCCCAAGAGGCCCCUGGUCCGGGGCCGGGGGCCUGUCAGCAGCAUCUUUCGCAGUGCCUUGACCAGCAUCCUGAAGACACCGGCCCUACAGACCCGGCGAGAGCCGAAGAGGAGUGAGGAGCCACAGCCAGACUGGGGGGAGGCGGAGCACCAGGGUUCGAUGGCACCGACCACCAGCCACUCACCCUCAACGCCGCCAAGGUCACAGGCCCCAACCCGGGAGGUCCUUGAGAGGGCGGAGGAGUUGGAUCCCGAAACUGAGGCAGCAUCAACAGUGAGACGUGCCCGCCGCCUGGACAGCACAGACAGCCUGGGGGGGAUGUCACCCUCCGAAGCCAUGGUGCUCCAAUGCAAGAACAUUCCAGCCAGUCUUAACAGCAAGGACAUCCUGGGGGAACAUUUCCGCCAGUUCGGACGUGUGCAGCGGAUCUUCUGCAGGCCCCAGAAGAACCUGGCCAUAGUGCACUUCCACGACCAUGCUUCUGCUGCCAAAGCCAAGAAGAAGGGCAAACUGCUGCGCAGGCAUUAGCUCACCAUCUUCUGGCAGAGGAAGAAGCAGAGUCCAGGAGAGAAGGGCCAAAGGCCUCCAGAUGACCCUGAUCCUCAGAGCCAGGCAGGAGGCUUUGAGUCAGCCCCUGUCUGCAAAGCCCUCUCCAAAUCCACCUCCGGCUGGUCCUCCAGCUCAUCCCUAUCCAGAGGGUCACCAGCCAAGAAACCCCUGGCGACAAAGGCCCUGCAGUUUGAGAGUGAGCCGCAGAUGGAGCCCAGCCCAGACGGCCUCGAAUCCGAACAUCUAGCCAGCAGCCUCCCCUCUCCCCUCUUCCACCUGAUUGGCCA